UCCCUGAUAAUCGCUGAAAAGCGGUAAAAGAUACCAAGGUGCGUCCACGCCAAGAACUAAGUCGCUGUCGGAAGUGGAAAACCUUUAAAUCCUAUUUAUUAACGGCUUAUUAACGUAUACAUAUUUGUGUGUCUUUCACCGAUUAGCGAAAAAGUUAAAUAGAUAAUUUGUGUUAUGAACACGGUCGUUUGUUGACAAAGUUUGACGCGAUCGUUUUGCAUGUGUGAAAUGGGCGAAAGUGCUUCGGUUUAUGAAUAGAAAAGACGGUUUUUUGAUUGGUGGAAUGUGGUGGAUCUUUUUUUAUAUAUUUUAAUUAGUGUUUUAGCUAAAAGGGAAGAAAAAAAAAACGAAAAUGAAAUUCGAAGGAAACGCAUUUCUUAUCCUGGCGAGUUUUUUUCAAGCGGUAUUAGGGAAACAACAAACGCACGAGCACGGGAUGGUUCCUAAAGUUUCCCUUACACAGAAAGGUUAUAUUCAGUUUCUCAGAUACGUGGUGGAUGUACCGGACAUCACUGAAUACACUUUUUGUAUAUGGGUUAGGAGCAACAAUUUGACUCAUAACCAUCCUUUACUCUCCUAUUCAAAGCAUGAAGAAGAACGUUUGAUUAGAGCCUGGAUAAGUCCCUUGGGAACUCACUUAAACCUGGAAAUCUUACAGGUUCCAGUGUUUGCGGUGCCAGUUCACUUAGUGGAGAACGAGUGGUAUCAUAUUUGUCAAUCUUGGUCCACGUUUUUGGCACAAUGGAGUUUGUAUCUUAAUGGGAAAGCGAUUGCUAAUGGGCAUGCGCAAAAGCUACGAAACGCCAUUAUUCCUGCAAAGGGUGACCUCGUGGUAGGCCAAGAGUACACCGACUUCGACAAAGGACUCGACGACGGUAUCGAAGGAGAUAUCUCAGGAUUCAACCUGGUCCUGGCCUCAGCAUUUCCGAAAACAUCCAAGAAAAACCACUUGUCCAAAAUCCACAUCACUCCCAACAACAUUUUCAAAAGAGAAGCCACUCGAAGGGUUUUACUGAGGCCACCGAAUAAAGUACAAAUAAGACGCCAAAUAUGGGACGAGAGUCUGGAACUAUUUGCUCAACAUAAGCUAGUGCCUUCACUUCCACUGGAAGGUGUUCGUAAAUAUCCUCAAGAAGGAAAUUUCUUAGGAAAGUCUGAUCAGUACUAUAUAGAUAAGCCACUAGGGCUCCUUCUGGUGGAACUAAGCAACGACUGUGGGUACUUAAGGGGGGCACCGUUGAGUGGUAAAGGAGUACUGGUCAGCUGGACUAAGACGGAAGUGAGAGUUUUCGGUGGUGCCAUUUUGAAAACAGUUCCGCCAUUUUGUCACGGAAGGUAGCAUUCAGUUGGAAGGUACAAGCUCGUUAUUUAGGUUUAUUGUUAAGGUGGAAAGAUAUAAAUAAAAAAUGUUUUCUA